AUGGUCCUACGACGAACGUCGGAGUUACCAAAUGUAGUUGUACGUACGUCGGGGUUACCAAAUGUAGUUGGCACGUCGGGGUUACCAAAUGUAGUUGUAGGUAUGUCGGGGUUACCAAAUGUAGUUGUAGGUACGUCGGGGUUACCAAAUGUAGUUGACACGUCGGGGUUACCAAAUGAUUAUUUCCGCUGUAUUCUGUUGAAUUUCUUCAACAAAUUUAAAUCGCCACCAAGUGAAUCACGUAGAGAAAUCCGCACAGAAACUGUGCCAAAAAAGAGAACUUUCUUUUUCACUGGAAAACCUUACACCACCAAUAUGGGUUGCGUUCGCUCGAAAGAGAAAGAAUUUGACAUUUCUAACAAGGAACACGUUGAAGUGAAAGAACCAGAAAAAGGAGAGAAAAAAGACACCUCCGAGAAAACUUCGGACGUUUUGCAGAAAAUGAGAGAGGAUUGUAAGAAAGCUCAUAAUGCAUACCGUGCCAAACACAUGGUGAUGGCACUGAAAUUAAAUGAUGACCUAAACAAACUGGCACAGAAAUGGGCUGAACACCUUGCUUCUAUCCGGACGCUUAAGCAUAGUGACUGCAAAUGGAAAGAUGACAUUGUUGGAGAGAAUAUUGCAUAUAAAUGGAUGUCAAAUGGAGGAGAAUUUACAGGGCAAGAAGUUACUGACAAUUGGUAUAAUGAAGUUGAAAAAUAUGACUACAAUGUUGGAAGAAGCCAAGGCACUGGGCAUUUCACUCAAGUGGUGUGGAAAGGAAGCUUUGAAUUUGGAAUGGGCAUGGCUCGAGCAAGCGAUGGCAGUUUUUACGUUGUUUGCAAUUACUUCCCAGCAGGCAACAUCAUUGGAAGAUUUGAUGAGAACGUACUGAAACCAAAAUAA